CCUGCAGAGCCUUGAGCCACACAGAGCCUGCAGCAGCGUUCAGCUAUGAGUCGUUAUCGCGCCCAAAUCAUCGGCGCUGCUGUGCUGUUGAUUCUGGCACUAAUUGGGAUUUUACUGGUGGUCCUUCCAGCUAAAGAGCUGACGAUGCCUCCAGACAACAUGUAUGGGAUUGUACUGGAUGCCGGCUCAUCCCACACCUCCAUGUUCAUCUACAAAUGGCCAGCUGACAAGCAAAAUGGCACUGGUAUUGUUACCCAGCACAGUGAAUGUGACGCAAAAGGUGGCGGGAUAUCCAGCUAUGCAGGAAAACCAGGUGAUGCUGCCAAGAGUUUGGAGGAGUGUUUGAAUCACGCCCUGAAGGAAAUUCCCAAAUCUAGACAACAUCAGACUCCCCUGUGCCUGGGUGCCACAGCAGGGAUGAGACUCCUCAAAGAGAUCAAUCAGACAGAGUCUGAGCAGGUCCUGAAAGAAGUCAGAGACAAACUGAGCUCCUACCCUUUCCAGUUUAAGGAGGCCAAAAUUCUGAGUGGGCAAGAAGAGGGCGCCUAUGGCUGGGUCACCGUCAACUACUUACUUGAAAACUUCAUUAAGUAUGGUUUUGUAGGACAUUGGCUGAAUCCAGGAAGAAACACAAUUGGAGCAAUGGAUUUAGGUGGAGCUUCCACUCAGAUUACAUUCGAGACCUCGCAAAAGUUGGAGGACCUAAAGGAUCAAAUGAAGCUGACCCUUUAUGGAAAUACCUACACUUUGUACACACACAGCUUCCUGUGCUAUGGUCAAGACCAGUUUCUCAAGAGACUAUUGGCUCAUCUUAUCCAGACUCAAGGUGUGCCGGAUCAAGUAAUCAACCCCUGCUACCCACCAAAAUUUAAUAUUUCUAUAAAUCUUGGGAAAGAUGUCUUUGAUUCUGUUUGCACAAAGAAAUACAAACCAGCCAGUUUGGAUGCUAAGAGGAAUGUAACAGUGGUGGGCUCAGGAAAUUAUCAGCAGUGUGUCAACAAUGUAACAGAGAUCUUCACGUUUAGCAACUGCUCCUACUCAAUGUGUUCCUUUGACGGAGUGUUUCAGCCCAGAGUGACUGGAAGCUUCAUGGCUUUCUCAGCUUUCUACCACACACAGAAAUACAUCAAAGAUAUCACCAACAUAGACCUCACAUCUCCCAACCAUGCAGUGGAAGCAGCCAAGCUCAUCUGCAAUAUGACCGUGACUGAGCUUCUUCACAAGGCAAAUUUAACAGCGAAAUACACAAAAUACAUGAGGAAUCUCUGCUCCAUGUCUAAUUUUGUCCAAGUCCUCUUAACCAAAGGGUACCAUUUUGAUGAAGUUUCAUUUCCUCGCAUCUCUUUUGAGCAAAAUGCAGCAGGAGCUUCAGUAGGCUGGGCGUUGGGAUACAUGCUGAAUGUGAGCAAUGAAGUGCCUGCAGAGAGUCUUAGUGUGAUGAAGGCCCUCCCCCCAUGGUCAUGGUGGACCGUCAUUGCCGUCUUUAUUGUAUGUGGUUUGCUGUCAGCAGGAUAUUGCAUUCUGCAGAAAUGCAAAUGACUAGAACAAUUCUGGAGGCUUAUCAAUAUGUUGUUUUAGAAUUAAGAGACAGGUAUUUGUGUUUUCUUGUGUGUGUGUUGUGUGGGGGGGGCUUGACAACAGACUAAAAUGUAUUUUCUGGUUGAGUCUUUAAAAUGAAUGGCAUCCUACUUUUUCUUAAAUCCAAACCCCACGUUAUGCUAAGUUCCAUUUAAAGUCUGUCCAAAUCAAUCUGUGCAAUGCGAUUUUAGAUUUGAUUAAAAUCAGGAUCCGAUUUGAUUAUAUUAGUUUUUUCUUUCUUUCUUUAAUGGUAAUGGUUGCUUUGCAAACCUAGAAUAUGUUUACAUGAAUACAACGAUUAAUUGUAAUUCUACAAAUUAUACACAGCAUUUCAUUAAAAUCUGAAAUAAAAA